AUGAUCACCGAAGAGGAAAAGGCUACCCUCCGUCUUCUUGUUCAACAUGUCUCUCGCGCAUUCUACGAGCCCAAGUUCAUUGUCGUUAUGGACCAGCUGGCGCGACAUGAGGUGCUAAAGGACGACGACCUUGCUGGACGGAUGGGCUUGCAGCUCAAGGAGCUCAACAAAAUCAUGGCAGUGCUGGAGAACGACGGUCUAAUCCAAGUGCAGAACGAACUUAAGGAAGGCGCCCAGCGUUCUGUUGGCAGGCAAUAUUUCUACUUGGAUUACCAGCAUUUUUGUAACGUCGUCAAGUGGCGAGUGGCUCACAUGCGGCGGACCAUCGAGCACGGCUUGCGGAAUGAACUAGACAACAAAGGUUACGUAUGCCCGCAAUGCGGCAAAUCGUACUCCACGCUCGAGGUUGACAAACUCAUGGACUUCGCACUCGGCGCCUUUGUCUGCGAGAUCUGCUCCGGUGAACUCAUCGACAACGAGAAUGCGGAGAGUGUCAGAGGAAGUCAGGACCGAAUGCAAAGGUUCAAUUGGCAGAUGCGAUAUAUUGUUGAGGGCUUGCGGAAGACCGAACCUAUGGUGUUGCCUGCGUUCGACGUCAUCCAAUUCAUCCACAAAAACUUCACCUCCGCCGACGCCUCCCAGAACGCUUCUAACGAGCCCGGAUCCGGCCUCAAAGUCGCUGGAUCAUCAGGCUCCUCACGGAAAGACGACGGUGUCGGUAUCGUUCUCUCAACUGACAAAGACGAGGACACGGUUCGGAAAGAGCGGGACGCGGAAGCUGCGGCAAAGAGGCAACAGAACGCGAUGCCAAGCUGGCAUAUGCAGAGUACGAUCACGGGUGAUCUGACUGCCCUGGGGAUUAAAGAGAGGCAGAGGAUAGAGGGGUUGAGUAACGGUAACCCUAUAAUCUUAGGGCCCGAUGGAUACGAUGAGAGUUUGAAGGGUCUAGGCAAGGUGGGGAGUACCGGUGGCACCACGAAUGGGUUAAACGGGGGGAUGCAGAUGAAUGGGGGAGACGGCAUCAAUUUGAAGGUGGAGGAUGCCAAACCGGAUCUUGACUCAAAUCCAGAAGCGGAUUACUACGACCAGUACUACGCCUCUCUUGCCGCGUCGGCUGCUCCAUCAGCAUCGCAGACACCAUCAAUUUUUCCGAUCGAUGACUUUGAAGAGGACAAGAAGCCCAACGUGGACUAUCUUGACUACAUGAAUGAGUUCAAGAAGAGGUCAAGAUCCUCUGAAGACGUUGGUGGGGACGGUCGGAAGGUUGCGCGGGUGGAUGUUCCUCUACUCAACGGUGCCAACGGUAUCAAUGGGCAUGGAGCCGUGAGUAAUGGGUACCCAUACACUAACGGGGUAUCCGGAGAGGAGAGUAUGGCGCCCACACCUGCAGCUGGCGGGGCAGAGGACGAUCCGCUGGUAUAUGUUAACGGGGAGCCAGUGCCAUUUUCGGCGGUUACGGAGGAACACCAGGAACUCAUGACACCCGAAGAGUACACAACCUACUUCGAAGUCUUCCAGGCCCGGUCAUGA